GGAAGGUAUCAGGCUAUGGAGAUGGCAGCAGCUGCAUGACAAGGAAUCUUAGAGACCUGCAGGCAUUCCUAGGUGCUCAGAUGAUCAGGAAUGUGGACUGCAGCACUGUGAGCAUGACCAGACCAUGGUGCAGUGUUCCUGACAGAGCAAACUACCAACUCUUUCCAGGACAGCCCAAAUGGGAAAACAAUACGAGGCUGUAUGACCCUAAUAUGAGUAAUCGCUGGUUUAAUGUUAAGUCUAUCCUGAAGAGCUUUGCAAGACCAGUGCUGGAACAUUUAUUAGCUUGUAGGGUUGAGGAGUGUCUGUGGGCCAUACUGGUUCCUUAUCUUCAGCAGAGAUUUAAUUUAUUCAUUGUUGCUGCCUGUGAAUUUGGACAUGCUCUGAGUCUUGGCCAUCCCGCUGAUCGAUCUGCUUUGAUGUAUCCUACUUACAAAUACCAGUCUCCAUUUGGAUUUUGUUUGCCAAAGGACAACGUGAAAGGGAUCCAAGCAUUGUAUG